UAAUACGUUGAGGUCAGUUAGCCAAUUGUACGCUGUCUUUUUGAGGGGGUGAAAUACGGUGGCGGCAAUGUUAUGGAGUUUCCGCUGCCUCUCUGCUUUCAUGCCAUCAGCACAGGACGCUAACGCAGGAGCUAAGCUAGAGUCCAGUUAGGCCUCUGUCAGAACAACGAGGGAGACGAGACCAACAUUUCUUUAUGAAUCUACACGAGAACAGUUAAAAUAACAGAAAUAUGGUGGUUCUCAAAAUUCGAGACCAGCCUCCUUUGCUGAAAGCCAUUUUCAAUGUGGACCCAGAUGACGUACGCUCUCUCAUAUUCAAAAAAGAGGAUGUGAAUGUGCAGGAUAACGAGAAGCGAACUCCGCUGCACGCUGCUGCCUAUCUCGGAGAUGCAGAAAUCAUAGAGCUACUGAUUCUUUCAGGUGCAAGAGUAAAUGCCAAAGAUAGCAAGUGGCUGACUCCUCUGCACAGGGCUGUGGCCUCCUGCUGUGAGGAGGCGGUCCAGAUUUUGCUGAAACACUCUGCAGACGUGAACGCCAGAGACAAGAACUGGCAGACGCCGCUUCACAUCGCCGCAGCCAACAAGGCGGUUCGCUGUGCCGAAGCCCUCGUCCCCCUCCUCAGUAAUGUGAAUGUAUCUGACCGAGCAGGCCGAACUGCUCUGCACCAUGCGGCCUUCAGCGGUCACUUGGAGAUGGUGAGGCUCCUACUCUCCAGAGACGCAAACAUUAAUGCUUUUGACAAGAAGGAUCGUCGUGCGAUCCACUGGGCAGCCUACAUGGGGCACAUAGAGGUGGUGAAGUUACUAGCUUGUCAUGGAGCUGAGGUUGCUUGCAAAGAUAAGAAAUCCUACACCCCCCUACAUACUGCAGCCUCUAGUGGAAUGAUUAGCGUUGUGAAAUACCUUCUGGAUUUAGGGGUGGAUAUCAAUGAACCUAAUGCGUAUGGAAACACACCCUUGCACGUGGCCUGCUACAACGGCCAAGAUGUGGUCGUGAACGAGCUCAUCGACUGUGGAGCUAACGUCAACCAGUUGAAUGAGAAGGGUUUUGCACCUCUUCAUUUCACCGCCGCCUCUCGCCACGGGGCGCUCUGCCUGGAGCUGCUGGUCUGCAACGGUGCCGACGUCAAUAUAAAGAGUAAAGAUGGGAAGACUCCGCUCCACAUGACAGCGAUCCAUGGGAGGUUUUCCAGAUCUCAAGCAAUCAUUGAAAACGGUGCUGAGAUUGACUCUGAAGAUAAAAACGGAAAUACGCCACUACACAUCGCAGCUCGAUACGGACAUGAGCUCCUCAUUAACACACUCAUCACUAACAAAGCCGACACAGCAAAACGAGGAAUUCACGGCAUGUUUCCACUGCAUUUGGCUGCUCUCAGUGGCUUCUCAGACUGCUGCCGAAAGCUCCUGUCUUCAGGCUUUGAUAUUGAUACUCCGGACGACUUUGGAAGGACAUGUUUACAUGCUGCAGCUGCUGGAGGAAACCUGGAAUGUCUCAAUCUUCUUCUUAACACCGGGGCUGACUUUAGCAGAAAAGAUAACUUUGGGAGGACUCCUCUCCAUUACGCUGCUGCCAAUUGUAACUACCAGUGUUUGUUUGCUCUGGUGGGCUCUGGAGCCGGCGUCAACGAUCUGGACGAGCGGGGCUGCACUCCUCUCCACUACGCCGCUGCGUCCGACACAGACGGAAAGUGCAUGGAAUAUUUACUAAGGAAUGAUGCAAAUCCAGGGAUCCGGGACAGUCAGGGCUUCAACGCUGUGCACUACGCCUCUGCGUACGGACACCGUCUUUGUCUGGAGCUGAUUGCGAGCGAAACACCCUUAGAUGUGCUAAUGGAAACCUCAGGGACAGACAUCGUGAACGAUACUGAUGUCAGAGCUCCCAUCAGCCCCCUGCACCUUGCUGCAUACCAUGGUCACCAUCAAGCUAUGGAGGUUCUGGUUCAAUCUCUGCUGGAUUUGGAUGUUAGAAACAGCCAGGGACGCACGCCCUUAGACCUAGCUGCCUUCAAAGGCCAUGUGGAAUGUGUGGACAUUCUAAUCAACCAGGGAGCCUCCGUUUUGGUCAAAGACUUUGUCUUGAAGCGGACCCCCAUACAUGCUGCAGCUACUAAUGGUCAUUCAGAAUGUUUGCGCUUGCUGAUUGGAAAUGCUGAUGUUCAAAGUAUUGUAGACAUUCAAGAUGGAAAUGGACAGACCCCGCUGAUGCUGUCGGUCCUCAGUGGACACACGGACUGUGUGUAUUCCCUUCUUAACAAGGGAGCCAGCGUAGAAGCCAAAGACAAGUGGGGCAGGACGGCCUUGCAUAGAGGAUCUGUGACCGGUCACGAAGAAUGUGUGGAGGCUCUGCUUCAGCACAGCGCCAACGUCCUGGUGCGAGACUGUAAAGGGCGCACGCCGAUCCACCUGGCAGCAGCUUGCGGACACAUUGGGGUACUCGGAGGCCUUUUGCAUGCUGCCCAAUCAGUGGAAACACUGCCUGCCUUAACAGACAGCCAAGGCUACACCCCACUGCACUGGGCCUGCUACAAUGGUCACGACACGUGUGUGGAGGUUUUGCUCGAACUGGAGAUUUUCCACAAGGCCGAAGGCAACACUUUCAGUCCCCUCCACUGUGCUGUAAUCCGUGACAACGAAGUUGCUGCUGAGAUGUUGAUAGACACCUUGGGCCCCGCCAUUGUCAGCGCCAAAGAUGGCAAAAGCAGGACCCCCCUGCAUGCUGCUGCCUUCACUGAUCAUGUGGAGUGUCUACAGCUGCUGCUGAGCCACAAUGCUCAGGUCAACUGCGUCGAUGCCGCAGGAAAGACCCCGCUCAUGAUGGCCGCCGAGAACGGCCAGACCAACGCUGUCGAGCUGCUGGUGAGCAGUGCGAAAGCAGACCUCACGCUACAGGACGCUGAAAAGAACACCGCUCUUCAUUUGGCCUGCAGUAAGGGACACGAAACUAGUGCCUUGUUGAUAUUGGAGAAGAUUACAGACAGAAACCUCAUAAAUGCUACAAACGCCGCCUUACAGACACCUCUGCAUGUGGCUGCAAGAAAUGGGCUGAUUGUGGUGGUGCAGGAGCUGCUUGCGAAGGGAGCCAGCGUCCUGGCAGUCGACGAAAACGGUAAUUGUNUGAACGAUACUGAUGUCAGAGCUCCCAUCAGCCCCCUGCACCUUGCUGCAUACCAUGGUCACCAUCAAGCUAUGGAGGUUCUGGUUCAAUCUCUGCUGGAUUUGGAUGUUAGAAACAGCCAGGGACGCACGCCCUUAGACCUAGCUGCCUUCAAAGGCCAUGUGGAAUGUGUGGACAUUCUAAUCAACCAGGGAGCCUCCGUUUUGGUCAAAGACUUUGUCUUGAAGCGGACCCCCAUACAUGCUGCAGCUACUAAUGGUCAUUCAGAAUGUUUGCGCUUGCUGAUUGGAAAUGCUGAUGUUCAAAGUAUUGUAGACAUUCAAGAUGGAAAUGGACAGACCCCGCUGAUGCUGUCGGUCCUCAGUGGACACACGGACUGUGUGUAUUCCCUUCUUAACAAGGGAGCCAGCGUAGAAGCCAAAGACAAGUGGGGCAGGACGGCCUUGCAUAGAGGAUCUGUGACCGGUCACGAAGAAUGUGUGGAGGCUCUGCUUCAGCACAGCGCCAACGUCCUGGUGCGAGACUGUAAAGGGCGCACGCCGAUCCACCUGGCAGCAGCUUGCGGACACAUUGGGGUACUCGGAGGCCUUUUGCAUGCUGCCCAAUCAGUGGAAACACUGCCUGCCUUAACAGACAGCCAAGGCUACACCCCACUGCACUGGGCCUGCUACAAUGGUCACGACACGUGUGUGGAGGUUUUGCUCGAACUGGAGAUUUUCCACAAGGCCGAAGGCAACACUUUCAGUCCCCUCCACUGUGCUGUAAUCCGUGACAACGAAGUUGCUGCUGAGAUGUUGAUAGACACCUUGGGCCCCGCCAUUGUCAGCGCCAAAGAUGGCAAAAGCAGGACCCCCCUGCAUGCUGCUGCCUUCACUGAUCAUGUGGAGUGUCUACAGCUGCUGCUGAGCCACAAUGCUCAGGUCAACUGCGUCGAUGCCGCAGGAAAGACCCCGCUCAUGAUGGCCGCCGAGAACGGCCAGACCAACGCUGUCGAGCUGCUGGUGAGCAGUGCGAAAGCAGACCUCACGCUACAGGACGCUGAAAAGAACACCGCUCUUCAUUUGGCCUGCAGUAAGGGACACGAAACUAGUGCCUUGUUGAUAUUGGAGAAGAUUACAGACAGAAACCUCAUAAAUGCUACAAACGCCGCCUUACAGACACCUCUGCAUGUGGCUGCAAGAAAUGGGCUGAUUGUGGUGGUGCAGGAGCUGCUUGCGAAGGGAGCCAGCGUCCUGGCAGUCGACGAAAACGGUUACACGCCCGCCUUGGCUUGCGCCCCCAACAAAGACGUUGCAGACUGCCUCGCUCUCAUCCUGGCCACCAUGAUGCCCGUGUCCCCCUGCACCGUGGCACCUACCCUCCCCUUCAGUGCCGUUAACCACUACACCACCAGUCCCUCCAAGAGCGUCACCUUUGACAGCCUGCCCGCGUUGCGCGCCGAGCACAGCUCUUACUGCAGCUUCAACAACAUCGGCCAUCACGACGGCUUCUACAAGGACGAGGAGCUCAACGACUCCGAUUCGGAGACGUACUGAAGCGGACAGGAGAGGAGUGGCGCUAAAUGCACAAACGCAUACACUGUGUCUUAACAUGAAAAAAAAAAUAAAUAAAUCAAUCAUUCACCCACCGCGAGCUUGGGAGGGCUUAAUAAAGACGCAAGCCCCCAACAGGAAGCCUUAAGAGUCCCCACCAGAAAACAAAGGAGGGACGAGGUGCAACAGGCUGGCCCAUGCUCAUCCCAACCUUUUCCAGCACACGGCGUCCGUUAGCCGACGCCGGAGCUCAGUAACCACUGCUUUACCAACACUGACCUCUCCAGUGUUAAAAACUGAACUUGUUGGGCAGACGGCAGCUGUUUUAAGGCAAUAAGACGCUGAAAAAAAAAAGGUGCGCUUGCACACUACAGAGAGUUAAACCAACAGGGACCAAAAGACAUGGAUGAAUUUUAACUCCGUUUUAUCUGCGUAAGCGACAAAAAAACAAAAAAAAAAAACAAACGAGACUUCAGGUGGUUUAUUGAUUAGGAAGGAUAAGAGAGAAGUUUUAGUUAAAACCUGCACACUAUAACCAUCAGAAGGACUUUUACGUUUUGGGGGAUCAUUUAUUUUUCAAGAUCAAAAUUUUAAUACACCCAUUUUAAUGUCUUAAACUCAUUUUCCUCUAGGAAUCUGAUUCACUAACCCGAGUAAAUUUAAGACAUCUGGUACAUGCAACAGGUUAGUAUUCAGUCGAUCCACCUUUUUCCUUUGUAAAUUCACCUGUUUAUCACCAUUUAGAAUUUAAACAAUAAAUUAUUUGUACACUUUUUUGGGUUGCUUUUUGUUUGUUCGUUUUGUGCCUUCAUUAGUUACUGGAAGUAUGGGGUUUGUACAGGCAGCUGUGAAAGCGUGCUUUCGGUGAGUAGGUCCACUGAUCUGGCACUGAGGCAUCUGUGACUCUGCUUUGCAAUGAGAAACACUGUAAACCAAUGACAGCAUUUUGGAAAGCAUUUGAUUUUCUUCUGAGUGACUUUUUUCUUUUUUUAUCUAAUAUUAGUUUCGCUUGCUUUAACUUAAAAACAGAAACCACUCGCUUAUACCAGAAUGCAGAAGACUCAAGUUUUGUUCAAAAAUAUUUUAACUGGAAAUAUGUACAUUUGCUAGAAUCAAUAGAAUGGGAAGGAUUUUUAUUUCUUUUCCUUGCUUUUUUUCUUGAAGAGGAAUGAAACUAGCAUGUAUAUAGAAAUUAUGACUGUGAAUUCAAAAUUCCAAUGAGUUCUUUCAGUACUGAGAUUGAUGUAUAUUUUAUGAGUAAUAAAUGAGUUAUUUAAUAAGGA